GGCAAUAAAGAAGAUAUCGAGGAAAACCCUAAUAUUCCAAUUGCGGGAAGGAUGAUGAGCGAUCAUGGGGAGAAGAUAGUGAAGAAGGUUCCGAUAACAUCAGAAGAAGAAGCAAUAGGGCCGCAGCAACAGUUUGUGACGAUGAAUGGCAAGGUCUACUCUCUGAGGUUCCAAGAAGAUUUUGUUGAUGUAUCGGUAAAGGAGGUAGAUUUGCUCAAUGAGUUGGAGGUAUCAAAGCUAUAUCACUGCGAUGGGUUGGUGUUAUGCGUGGGUAAGGACAACUCGAAGCUGUUGUUGUGGAACCCUUACCUGUGUCAAACAAGGUUGAUCGGACCGAGAGAAAGUUUCCACGUAACAGACAGGCACGCGAUCGGAUACGACGAGCGGCGCAACCACAAAAUCCUGAGGUUUGUGGAUAAUUUCAUUAAAAACAUGAACAAAAUCGAGGUGGUGUACGAAAUCUAUGAAAUUAGGUCUGAUUCAUGGAGGGUCCUUGAGGAGGUGAAUCCCGAGGGGUCGAUAGAUACACAUCAGCGAGGCGUGUCUGUCAAGGGAAACACCUACUUUGUUGCUUAUCGUAAUGGCCUGGUUCAAGAAGUUUUCUUACUCUGUUUUGAUUUUACCAAAGAGAGGUUUGGACCGCGCCUGCAUCUUCCUUUUGACUCUUUCGAUGGUUUCAAUGGUGACCUUGUAACCCUCUCAAGCUUCCUUAGAGGUGGUGAUGAUGAGCAGCUUGCGGUCCUGUUUGGUGGUUAUGAAUCUGGCUUUUUUGAGAUUUGGGUUACCCUUACUGUCGACCCCAACCGUGCGUCCUGGAGCAAAUUUUUGCGAAUGGAACCGGGCCCCUUCUCGAGCUACGGUUUUAAGCUCUAUUCCUCACUUUCUGGCGGGAGCUUCUUUGUCGAUGAGGAAAACAAAUUUGCUGUCUUGUUUGAACUAUACGGAACCGAUACUGCUCACGCGGCUUUUGUGUUUGGACAAGACGGCUUCUUCAAAUCCUCCGUCAACCUCGGACAAGCUCUCAUUCUCGAACACCACCACCGUAAAGCUGCUCGUCCCCCACUUGUUUGCUCUUAUCGUCCAAGCUUUGUGCAAGUCAAGCAUCCUCUUGUGCACGAAAGGAAAAUGAAAGACUUGUCUCUUCUUCACAUCAGCAAACCCAUGUGUUAAAUUGAGCAGCAAGUUAGUCUGAGCUGUGGAGGGAGGUCUUUGCUUUUUGUUUUAUCUUGGUUGUGUUCGCUGUCCCUCUAUGUAAUUAAUCUCUUUUUAUCUUUUGUCUCGAGACUCGCUCUUCCUUGUCAGACUUGUUUCUAAGACCUAUUAUUUUAUGCUUAUGUUUUCGACAUUA